AUGGAUCUCACCGAACCGCAAUCCUCCCACGUCCCCACCAGCACCCGAGCGUUGAAGGUUGAUUUUUCCUGGAAGAAAUGGAAAGCCCUGAUUAUGGAAGACGACGCCCCGCAACCUGAAGCUCGCUAUAUUGUGGACUUUGAAACCAUGAAAUCGCGGAUGAUCUACCGCUCUAUGCCCGAAGACAAGAUCAUCGGCACAGGCAAACUGCACUCGUUCUCAAUCAACGCCGAGUACGAGGUUCACGGCUAUAAAGACACGCUGUUGGCCCAAAAACGGUGGCAGACCGAGUAUACGCAGCGCUCGCAAGCCUUUUCCGACACCGAUACCCCGGUCACUAUGACCUGGACCAGUACCAGCGGCUGGAAAACGUGGGAUUUUAUCUGCAUGGAUGAAAACCAGCUGCCUGUCGCUCGCUUCUCGGCCAAUGCUUGGGCUAUUCGGAAGAUAGGUAAAAUUGAGUUUAUGGGGCCUAAAGCCCAGAGUGAUGCAGUGCGCGAUGAGAUUGUCGUGACGGGGCUGACCCUGUUCUGGUGCAUGGUGCUGCGGUCCAGCAGCAUUCUGUCAUUUUUUGGUGCUAUUUUUGCUUCGCCAGGCAAAUUAAAGGAAUCGGACAAAUAA